CGCAGCAGAAAUAAUGCUAAAGAUGCGGCGGGCAGCGUACUCGACGGCGGCGAAAGUCGAUCCGCGCUUCUUCUUUGACGCUGCACCAGGAACGCUUCUACCUGCGCAAAAGUCCCGCGUUCUAUUUGGCCGCAUGCAGUCAGAACAGUUGACCGUGCUGGCGCCGACUCUGAUGAGUAAGGUGUUGCUCGUCCGCGACCGCGACUCUGGCGCCGACAAACGAUCGCAGUACGCGCAAUUCUUGCUUCAAAAGGCCAACAUCCCUUGCUUCAUGUUGACUCUGCAGCGAGAUUGUGCGACGAUCGACUCGAUCAACUACGGCCGCGACUAUGCUCGUCGUGUCGGGGCCAACGGCGUCGUGGCGUUCGGCGGCGGCAAUGUCAUGGACACUUCCCGCGCCAUCGCCGCCUUGAUGUUCAACGAAGGCAAUGCCGAAGAUUUGGCGGCUGGACCCCUUCCUCUCGCACAAAAGGUCGCCCCGCUCAUCGUGAUGCCGACCGUCGCCGGGUGCGGCAGCGAACUCUCGACGGAAGCGCUCGUGUUGGACGAAGGCGCGGAAGCCAAGCUGUCGUUCACCAAAACUCCCAUCGUCGCCGACGCAGUCAUCAUCGAUCCACUGCUCACGGUAUCUGUGCCACUGGGCGUCACGGCGCAAGGCGCGUUGACUUCGAUGGGCCAGUGCAUUGAAUCGUUCCUGGCCAACCAAGGCAACCCCAAAGUCGAUGAGCUUUGCCUGAACGGUAUUCGCGCCGCGGCGGAAGCGCUGGCGACGCCCCUUCAAGAUGGCAAGAUACACUUGAACGACAUUGGGUUUCGCGAACGAUUGAGCUACGCGUCGUUGUGCAGUAGCUUGGUGUCCCUCUCCACGGGCUUUGGGGCGGCGCACUCCCUCGGCAUCGGCGUCGGCGGAUUGAGCGACUCGCCGCACAUGCAGGUGUGCGCCGCGUUCAUUCCGCUCGUCAUCACGCGAUAUCAAACCAUCUUGGCUGACAACCAAGGCGAUGAUCAUUUUGACAAACUCGUACGAGCAUAUUCUCUCCACAUCGAAACGAAUGGUGGGUUUUGAUUGGUAGAAAAUGCGCCUCGACGCCGUGCAAAACAUCUUGCACGUCGUGACCAAGUUCAAAACGGCGACCUUGUCCGACUGGUUUUCGCAAGUGGGCUGUCGCCUGAACAUCCCAGACGCGCAUCAAUUGGGCUUUGACGACAGUUUGGUGCAAACGAUCGUUGACCGCGCCACUGACCGACUGGAAGACUGCGGGAAUGGCGCUAGCCAAGACGUAACGUCCGUGUUUGAAAAGACCGACCUCGACACGAUCAUGCAAGGGGCAGUGGUCGCGCCCCCCUCUGCCCCUCCAACCAUCCCCCCAGCCACUCCUUCAGUUCCCGUGUAAACGACACUAUGAAGUACUACUAGUAGUAGUAGUACACUGACACUUGUCUGUGUGUGUUUGAUUCGUCGUUGGAUAGUAGUACUGUAGUAGGACGGGGGAUACGAGGAAGGGGUGGAGUGUAUU